ACCGCCAUGCAUGCCUUCCUCCGCCCAUGACCAAUGGCUUCUCUCCCCCACACUCUCAUCUUCCUCCUCGCGCUAGCUUCGCUACUCUCACCGUCACAGCCGGCGGCGCCGUGCGCGUCGCGGCGCUUCUCCAACGGCAAAACCUACGCCCUCUGCGCCGACCUCCCCGCCCUCGGCGCCUCCCUCCACUGGGCCUACGACGAGGCCCGCUCGGCCCUCGCGGUCGCCUUCGUGGCCGCCCCGGCCCGGCCCGACGGCUGGAUCUCGUGGGCCAUCAACCCCACGGGCUCCGGCAUGAGGGGCUCGCAGGCCCUCGUCGCCUUCCGGGGCGCCGGGGGCGGGAUGACGGUUAAGACCUUCAACGUCUCCGCCUACGCGCUGGAUGCGGCGGCCGACAAGGUGUGGUUCGAGGUGGAGGAGUCGGCGGCGGAGUCCUCCGGCGGCGUGAUGACGCUGUUCGCCUCCUUGGUGCUGCCGGAGAAGGGGAUCACGGUGGUGAACCACGUGUGGCAGGUGGGGGGAGCCGUUGACGGCGGCGAGAAGCCGGAGGGGCACGGGUUCGAGCCGGAUAAUAUGAACGCCGAAGGUAGCCUUGAUUUGUUGAGCGGCAUCGCCGGCGGUGGCCCCGGCGCCGGCGGGGAUUAUAGGACCAAAAGAAGAAAUAUCCAUGGAUUGCUGAAUGUUAUCAGUUGGGGCUUCAUGUUUCCGGCGGGCGCGAUGAUCGCGAGGUAUUUGAGAGUAUUUCCCUCGGCCGAUCCGGCGUGGUUUUACCUUCACGUGUCUUGCCAACUCUCCGCCUACGCCAUCGGGGUUGCCGGCUGGGGCACGGGCCUCAAGCUCGGCAGUGAGUCCGUCGGCAUCACGCAUACAUAUCAUCGCUACAUUGGCAUUACUCUGUUUGCCCUAGCAACUCUUCAGAUAUUUGCAUUGGUUUUGAGGCCGGGGAAGAACCACAAAUUCCGACAGUAUUGGAACGUGUAUCAUCGUACCAUCGGAGACGCGAUUAUUGGGCUCGGAAUCAUUAACGUGUUCAAAGGCUUCGCGAUAUUGAAGCCUCAACAAAAGUGGAGAACUACAUAUAUUGUAGUGAUUGCCGCUUUGGGAUGCAUUGCUAUAUUCUUGGAAGCAAUCACUUGGGCUAUUGUUUUACGUAGGAAAAGGCAAAACAAGCCAAUGAGCCAUAAUUAAUCCAUGCAAGGAUCUUAUUAUAUUCAUUGUUAUGAAUAUUGGAAAAAAAAAUUCCGCGAUAUUAAUUAUUUAUAUUCCGAUUUUUAGCUAGGGCGGUAAACAAACUAAGUAGCUUGCAAACCAAACUUCAGAUUGGUAGUAUUCGGCUAGU